AAACCGGACCAAGGACCGAAGUAUAGGUUGAAGCGUCUCACCGAUCAACUCCAUGUCAUGGAUGAAAACACUAAUAUAUUUGACAUUUUGUAUUUGUACACGCGUUAAUCAGUUGAAGAAGCAAAAAUAUAUGUACACAGCUUCAGAACAAAGAAGAACAAGAACACAGAAAAUGUCGUCUGCUAGUGGGCGAAAUCUCAGUGACUUGAGCGCCUUCACUUAAUUGGAGCACUGCACUUCAUUUUGCAAGACAAUAUGUCUGGUCUGUAUAAAUUCUUCAUUUACAAGGAUAUGGUUUUCAAAUUCAAAAUAACACAUAAAGCCAUCAUAGUACCAAACGAGGAGUGGCAGGACAUCUUUGGAGCCAUAGUGUACAUGGAAACUGAAAACCAGCGUCUUCAGAGGCUCACCACUGGGGCAUUCGCAGUAAAAAUCAAUGUUGCACCAUGGGACAUAAGCAAAUACGUCUAUAUCAGAAGGGGCAGAAAGAAAUUAAUUUUUUUCCCAGUCCAGUUUAAGCUCAAUAUAAGUCACAUGGAUAAACAGGCAAACUGCAGCUGUCCAAAAGAGAGCAAUAUGCGCAAUGUAGCACGACACCCGGGCUACGCGACACCACCAACAGGCAAAGCAAGCCACGUCGCCACACUAUCGUUUGCAACGCCCGCAGCCUCCAGCAGUGCAGCCGGAAAACGCAAACUAUACCAAACAAACCAAAGCAACAGUUUGGCUCUGGUUCCCAAGGAAAAGAGCAAGAGAGGAAAGUACUGCGACAUUCCACCAGAAGUACGGGAAUCUGUCAAAACCAUCAAGCAGAAAACAAAUAGGGAGGUGGUCAUCGAGAAGCUGUUUCUGCCCGAGGCUAUGUAUCAGAACUUGGUUGGCAUGUCUAAUUACCGUCACCUUUCACCGAAUGUGAACUGCACGAUCAUCGUGACCGACCCGGAACUCACAGCAUCACCCCGUCGUGCCCCUAUGGAUACCAACAUGAUUACCAUGGGCGAGAGCAGCAACUCUAAUGUUGGGCUGCUUAACAGAAUUUCCAGCGCUGUUGCGGCACCACUGAAGUCCGCUUGGAACUGGUUGGUGUAACUCCUAACGCGUUUCGAAGUCCGUUAUGCAUGCCCGGCAUUAAUGGGGCCAUAUUGCUACCUGAAGCAGAGUUUCUGGAAAAUGCAUGCUGUGUGACAAAUCAUAUCACUACUUAGUAAACUCUGCUUUUCUGCAAAAUUGGUAGAGGAAGCGUCUUACAACAUGUAACACUGCCCCAUGUGCGUAACAGAGUUUUUGUUGAUUAGUGACUUACAUGUUUUCAAAGGUACACAACUACACGAAUAAAAUGGUUCGUA